AGUGUAAGGGGAGGAGCGGAGAGGAUGUCUUGUUCAGGUAACGAAACUUAACAUUCAUAGAAACCAAAGCCAACAGACGUGAAAGAAGUUCUCUCUUUCAGGAGGAAAAUAAAACGCAUUUUGGAACAAAUUGUCUGACAGACGGAAAACACAACAAGGAAUGGCCUCUGCUAACACUUCCUGGUCUGAGGAGGACUUUUCAUGUUCCAUCUGUCUGGAUGUGUUCAGCAGCCCGGUUACCACACCGUGUGGACACAACUUCUGCAGAACCUGUAUUACAAAGUUCUGGGAUGAACAAGUCAAGUACAAAUGUCCUGUUUGCAACAAGAUUUUCGACACAAAACCUGAUCCACAGGUCAAUACCCUCUUAUCACAGCUGGCUGCUCAGUUUAGAACAACCGUACGAGUUAAAGAGCAGCCUUGUGUUGAACCAGCAGAAGUUCCCUGUGACGUCUGUCCUGGGACCCAGCAGAAGGCUGUGAAGUCCUGCCUAGAGUGUUUUAUGUCUUUCUGCCAAACCCACCUGGAGCCACAUCAGAGAGUCACAGUCCUGAAGGGACAUCGGCUGGUCGAGCCUAUGGACCGUCUGGAAGACAGGAUGUGUAAGAAACACAACCGACUUCUGGAGCUCUUCUGCCUGACUGAACAGGUGUGUGUGUGUCUGUUGUGCACAGUGACAGACCACAAGUCCCAUCCUGUUGUACCUCUGAAGGAGGAAUAUGAAGUGAAGACGGCCCAGCUGGGGAAGAUGGAGGCUGAAGUUCCGCAGAUGAUCCAGGAGAGGAAACAAAAGAUUAAGGAGAUAAAAGACAGAGUAGAACUGAGCAACAAGGUUGCAGACAGAGAGAUAGCCAUUGGUGGCCAGGUCUUCACUGCUCUGAUAGGCUGUGUUGAAAAGUGCCGGGAUGAAUUCAACCAAACGGUUCAAGAGAAACUGAAAUCCACAGAGAAACAAGCUGAAGACCUCAUCAAAGAGCUGGAGCAGGAAAUAGAAGAUCUGACCAAUAGAUGCUCAGAGGUGAAGCAGCUCUCACACACUAAAGACCACCUCCACUUCCUCCAGACCUUCAGAUCCCUGAAGGAUCCUCCACCCACCAGGGACUGGACCACGGUGGAGGUCCGUCCUCCGUCAUACGUAGGGACCUUGAGGAGAUCCCUGGAUCAGCUGGAGGAGACACUGAACAUGGAGAUGAAGAAGCUGUGUGAUGAUGCUGAACUGAAGAGGGUCCAGCAGUAUGAAGUAGAUGUGACUCUGGAUCCUGAUACAGCUCAUCACAGUCUCAUCCUGUCUGAGGAUGGGAAACAAGUACAUGAUGGAGGUGGGGGGAAGGUACUCCCAGACAAUCCAAAGAGAUUUACAAAUUAUAUAUUUGUUCCCACGAGGCAGAGCUUCUCCUCAGGGAGAUUUUACUUUGAGGUCCAGGUUAAAGACAAGACUGCAUGGUGGUUAGGAGUGGUCAGAGAGUCCAUCGACAGAAAAGGUGGGACCAGGUGGACCCCUGAGACGGGUUACUGGACUCUUUUCAACUACAAGGAUAGGUUUUUAUUUAUAGAUAAACCUCUUGUCCGCCUCCCUCUGAGAGCUGGGCUCCAGAAGGUGGGGGUGUUUGUUGAUUAUGAUGAGGGUGUGGUCUCCUUCUAUGAUGUGGAAGCCAGGGUUCAUAUCUACUCUGCUACUGGCUGCACCUUCAGUGAGGCUCUCUAUCCACUCCUCUGCCCAGGUCCCUGUUAUUAUGAAGGUAACAACUCUGCCCCCCUGAUCAUCUCACCUGUCAAUCAGACAGACUAGGACCUUUGUUUGAUAAUAAAACAAAGAAACAACCAAAACAACUAAUGU